UCCAAAAAAGAAAAAGAUCAGAUAAAUAGCAGGUAGAAAACCCUCCAGUCUCUCUCUUUCUCCCCCUCUCUCUCCCCUCAUGGCUACCUCUACCGUUCCCUCGUCCAUAGUGGCUUCCCUCCAUGCCGAACAGCACCUCAUCCCUCAUAAGAAUGAUUUGGUUGUUGGGGCCUCGGGCAAAACAUCUUUUCUGGGUGGAACGACGGUUUUCGAAGCAAAGCCCCUUUGUGGGUCUCGCCUAAUAUCAGGGUCUGGUAAAAUUUCGAAAAGCUUGAGGAGGUACAGGUCGCCUGCCGCGAGCCUCGAUCACAUACCCAAGCAGUUCAGGGAAGACAAUCUCAAAGAUGGGUUGAUGGAUAAUUUUAAAAGCUUCCCAAAGCACCUUUAUGGGCUUACUCCCUCACAGAUGGACAUGUUCAUGACUGAGGACAACCCUGUUAUGAGGCAAUCUCAAAGAGUCACCGAGGAAAGUAUAUCUUCUGCAACAAAUUAUCUAAAUGGUGGGGGCAUGUACACACACUCAACUCUAACAGAUGGCCCUUCUCAGUACAGUAUGAGUGUGAGCAUGUAUCGUGGAGGAGGUUACAGAGGCUAUGGCAGGCCAAGAAGCCCUCCUCCUGAUCUGCCCUCCCUCCUCUUAGAUGCUAGAAUUUGCUACCUUGGGAUGCCUAUUGUUCCAGCUGUAACUGAGCUUCUUGUUGCACAACUUAUGUGGUUGGAUUUUGACAAUUCUACGAAGCCAAUAUACCUCUACAUAAAUUCAUCUGGAACACAGAAUGAGAAGAUGGAGACUGUUGGCUCUGAAACAGAGGCAUAUGCAAUUGCUGAUAGCAUAGCAUAUCUCAAAUCGAAGGUGUAUACGUUGAAUAUUGGGAUGGCAUACGGCCAGGCUGCAAUGCUGAUGGCAAUUGGCACUAAAGGAUGUCGUGCACUGAUGCCAAAUGCUUCCACAAAAUUGUAUCUUCCAAAAGUCAGCAAAUCCAGUGGAGCUGUCAUAGAUAUGUGGAUUAAGGCAAAAGAACUUGAUGCAAAUACAGAUUACUACGUUGAAUUGGUCGCCAAAGGUACCGGAAAAUCAAAAGAGGAGAUCACAAAAGAUAUCCGUCGUCCAAAAUACUUCCUAGCACAGGAAGCCAUUGACUACGGCCUUGCAGACAAGAUAAUUGAAGAACAAGACGUCCAUUUUGAAAGGAAGGAUUAUGACAAGAUGCUUGCUCAGUCAAAAGCUAUGAGAAGAGGAACGGACUCUCAAGCAGCCCCAGCAGGUUUUAGAUAGGCUAAAAUUUGUCUUGUGAAAAUACAAUAGAAGGUAUUCAUCUUAAUCCUACAAGUGAUUGUAAAUCUUUCAUAUCCUAUGAUCCUGUGUUGGCUUCUCUA